AUGGCAAGGACUUCUUGGGCUUGGAACACUCCUUUCAACAUUGCGAGCAUCGUCGUUUGCAGCAUCGUCGGCAUUGCCUUCAUCGUCGGCCUGAUCAUCAAUGCUAGCGCCAGAAUCGGUGUCCUGCUGGGCCAGAGCAGGACUCGUCGGCAACACGUAUCAGGCGCCUCCCUUUUGCUCGUCGGAUAUCUCGUCCUGAUCGGCCCCAUUCUCGCCUACUACGUUGUAGUUGCAUGCCUCUUCCUAGCCUUGUUGGUCCCAGGGCUCAUCUUCUACCUGGUCUCCAAAAAGUGUAUAGAACCGCACUGGGGCCCGUUUUUAUCGACUUUGCACACGUCUGCAUCCGAUAUCUUGUGCAUAGUCAACGAGCCCGCAGGAGCCAUCAUCAAAUACUGGGAACGCUGCACAAUUCGGCUGGUCAACGGAGAAAUCCCGCCUUCCAAAUCAUCUAUCGACGCCGUGCCACUUUCGGACAUGCCGAGAGGUACAUGA